CACUGGACAGACAACUAGGGUGUGGGGAGGAGCUGGCCUGCUUGGCUCCCCUCUAGGUCUGAGGAAACGCUGCGCGCGAACCCUGGCUUUCCGCAUACCGGGGGCCACCAGUAGGUGGCGGCGGACAGGGUCAGGGUGGCUGCCGCAUGUACCCAAGUGCGGGCCGAGGUGAACUGCGCAUGCGCGCCGCGAUGGCGGGACGCCUUCAAGAGCGGCUCGAGGCCACAGUGGCCGUUGCAGCUGUGGCGUGAGGCCUGGCAGAGCUGUCCGCUGAGGAGGGGAACUGACGGAGAAGUGCUGCUGCUGGGUCUUUAGGCGAGAUGCCGACGGUGAAGCUGAAACCGAGGCACCGCCCCUUCUGCUUCAGCGUGAAUGGCCACGUGAAGAUGCUGCGGCUGGCGCUAACUGUGACAUCUAUGACCCUUUUUAUCAUCGCACAAGCCCCAGAGCCAUACCUUGUUGUCACUGGAUUUGAAGUCACUGUUACUUUCUUUUUCAUAGUUUUAUAUAUACUCAGACUUGAUCAAUUAAUUGACUGUAUAUUUUGGCCUUUGCUUGAUAUUAUCAACUCAGUGGUUACAGCAGUAUUCAUGAUAGUUAUAUCUGUGUUGGCACUGAUCCCAGAAACCACAACAUAUAUAGUCCUUGGAGGGGUGUUUGGACUCGUGGCCUCGGUGCUCUCUAUUGCCGACGGGGCCCUCAUUUACCGGAAGCUGCUGUUUAAUCCAAGUGGUCCUUAUCAGAAAAGUGCUGUUGAUGACAAACUAUAAGUUUUGUAAAUUUAUAUUCCUUUUUAGUUGAUGCUAAUUAUUAAACAUAUCUCUUUAUUCUAACACAUA